AUGGCAUCAGCAUUUGACAAUCCUGUGGCGCCCUCUACUUGUGAUCAGUGCGGCAAACCUGCAGAAGAUACCGUGGGAUGCUCUAUACGAGACAGUAAGAACUUGUGCCGGCCUUGCUUCCGGGACCUGCCAAAACGAGAAGAUAUCGGCGAGCCAGAAUGGGUUUGCGACAUCCACGCUACCCGGAAAGUAGAAAUAUUUUGCGAAAGCUGCGAUAUUGGUUGCUGCAAAGAAUGUGCGGGUAAUGACCACAAUGACCAUAAGGUGGUGAAUGUUGUCAAGCUUAUAGUAGAAAUCCGACAGAGAAUGCUAGCGCAGCUGGAAGAGGUUGAUGUUAGUGGAGAGGUAUUGUCAGAACAGCGAAAUAAGGUAAAUGGUACAAUGAAUAAGAUAGAAGAACCUCGUAUAUUAGUUGAAAAGGUUGUGGGUGAAAUCAAGGAAGUAGUGCAAGGUAACUUGGAUAAAGUAAAACACCAAAUCGAAUUCGAGGCACAGCUGAGUAUAACGGAGAUAGAGAAGCAAAGGGACAUAAGGUUAAAACUCGCGAAGAAAAAGGCAGAUCAUGAUGUCCAAAGAAUGCUUGAAAUCCAGCAAGAAUUCACUGUCCAUUACAACAAGCUUAGCGAGGACGAAAAAUGGCUAAGUAAGAUGAAGAAGACAGAAGCGACACUACUGGAAAGAGAGCAUGCUUCUGUAAGCGCAAAGCUAGAGAUUAAAUCAAUGCUUGAAGCAAGUCCAGAAAAAAUUAUUCGUCGGGGAAGGCAUCUAAUCAGCUUGGUAGAGACAUCAUCGGCAUAUAAGAAUGAUCAGAUGGACAUCAGUGCUAGCUGCAAAAAAGUUGAGGCUGAUAUUCCAGAAUGUGAAGUGAACAUUGAAGAUUUUUUCACAGAACAUCGACCAUUCCGGGGUAGUACACCAUGA